UAUAUGGUUAGAAUUAGGAAGUUAUCCUCUACAUUUUUUAUAUUCUAAGAUCAAUUCGCUCGUGAAAUCUUGUAUGGACGAGUUAAUCGCCAUCAUCAUCGUUUACUUACAAUAAGCAGAAAGAUACAUUUCUGAAUAUAUGCGAAUCAGAAUUGGUGUAUAGGUCAAGUCAAAUUUUUAGGUAUUGAGCUCUAUUGCUGUUUAACACAAUGUCAUUAUUUAAUAAACCAAAACGGAAUAUACGUCGGCGACCUUUCAAUGAUGAGGACGAGGAUAAUGAAAACAGGAUGGAAAUGGAAGAUACUCAACCUGUCAAAGUAAAAACUAAGAAGAAAGACAAGCCAAAACAAACGCUCCUUAGUUUUGGAGAGGAGCUAGAAGAAGCGGAUGAUGGAGAAGUUUUUAAGGUGAAGAAAUCUUCAAGGAGCAAAAAACUGAUGAAACAGCUAGAUCACGAAAGGAGAAAAAAGAAAGGUGAAGAGAAAAUGCAAGCGGACUCUGAGCAAGCAAACAUGUCCAUUAAACAGGAAAAAGAUUUAGAAAUAAAGACAGAUGAUCUAGUAGUUAAAAUAAAAAAUACUGGACCACUGAUUUUAAAUGGAAGAGCUGCAUUAGCAGCAGGCAAGGACGAUUAUACAUCUGAUGAAGAAGAUGAAUCAGGUUCUCAUAAAUUUCGAAAAUCUACAAAUAAAGCUGAUACGAUGAAGAUACUACUUGAGAGUGGCUGUAUACCUGAUGCUGCUAUGAUACACGCAGCUAGAAAACGUAGACAAAAAGCUAGAGAAUUGGGUACUGAUUAUAUUCCUUUAGAUGAACAAAGUGAUGAAAAGGGAAAGUCACGAUUAAUUAGAGAAGAAGAUCAUGAUAGAAGUGACGACGAUUCUCAAGAUCGUAUUGAUAUGACCGUCAAUACAGAAGCACGAGAUAAAGAGAAGAGAAGAGAAGCUUUUCUUGCAUCACAGGUUUCAAGCAAACUAUCAGACGAAGAAAGUGAAAAUGAAAAUGAAGAAGAAGAAUGGGAAGCUCAACAAAUUCGGAAAGGUGUUACAGGGGCUCAGAUUGCAGCAGUUCAUCAAGAUUCUAUGAUACAACAACAAUUUACGUUAGGAUUAAAUGUUAAUCAAAUGGUUGCACCUGGAGUACCAUUAGAAAUGGUUAUGAUGCCAGCACCACCACCUCCACCAACUAUUCAACCACCGGAUCCAACAAAAGUUGUGCCCAUUACACCCCAAGAAGUUAUUAAUAAAAUGCGUGCAAGGUUGGAUAGUUUAAAAGAAGUACAUUCUCGUCAUCAAUUAGAUCAACAUCAACUUGAACAGGAAUUAGUGCAGACUGUGAAAGAAUUGGAUGAAGGCGAAGCUCGUGCGCCGCAGCUUGCACAACGCUUCAGAUAUUACCAAGAGUUGCGUGGGUAUGUCACUGACUUGGUAGAGUGUCUUGAUGAGAAGCUGCCUUUGGUUAUUGGAUUGGAACAACGCUGGCUGGAUCUAUACGGGGAACGUUCAAUAGAACUAAUGGAAAGAAGAAGACAAGAUACGAGAGAUCAAGCUGAAGAAAUAACAACUGCAGCAAGAGGUCAAGCAAUAAGGAGAGGUCCAGAAGUUGAAGCACGUAUUCGACGAGUUACAGAAAGAGAAGGUAGACGAGCACGUCGUAGAAGAGCUAGAGAAUUAGCUCCAACAUUACCGAAGCAUAUAGAUGGCAUGUCCAGCGACGAUGAAGUCACUGAACAACAAAAUCUUGCAUUUAAGCAAGCUAAAGAGGAAAUUGAUAAAGAAGGUAAAGAAAUAUUUGCCGAUGUAAUGGAUGAUUAUUGUACAUUGAGAGGCAUUCUUACAAAAUUAGAAUUAUGGAGAGAAACUGAUAUAGAUGCUUAUAUGGAAGCUUACGUAUCUUUAUGUAUACCUAAAAUUUUAUCACCUCUUAUAAGAUUACAAUUAAUAACCUGGAAUCCUAUCAUGGAAAGUGCUGAUAUAGAAAGGACGAAGUGGUAUAAUACAUUAUUGCUAUAUGCAUUAGAUAAAAAAGAAACAGAAGAUUCAUUGAAGCGAGAUCCUGACGUAAGAUUAGUACCGCUCACUGUUGAGAAAGUUGUAAUACCUAAAUUAACAGCUAUUGUGGACAAAAUUUGGGAUCCAAUGUCUACUUCCCAAACAUUACGUCUUGUUGGUACAGUGAAUCGACUUAUUAGAGAUUAUCCAAAUUUGAAUGAUACAAGCAAACCAUUAGAAUCAUUAUUUAAUGCUAUAUUGGAAAAAGUCAAAUCAGCUGUUGAAAAUGACGUUUUUAUACCAAUUUUUCCAAAACAAAUUUUGGAUAACAGGCAUCAAUUUUUCCAACGACAAUUUGCUAUGGCGGUUAAAUUAUUAAGAAAUUUGUUAAGUUGGCAAGGUCUUCUUGGAGACGCUCAAUUAAAAAAUUUAGCAUUGGGCUCGUUAUUAAAUCGUUAUCUAUUAGCUGGCUUACGAGUCUCAUCUGCACCAGAUGCACUUUUUAAAGCGAAUAUGAUUAUGAGUACUUUACCACGAGCUUGGUUGCAAGGUGAAACAAUAGAGCAUCUUAAAAUGUUUGCCACUCUUAUUCAACAAUUGAGCGAGCAAUUAGAUCAAGCGAAUCCUGCACAUAACGAAGCCUGGGAAUACUCUAAAUCCAUCCUGAAGAUAAUUAAACCUUUGUAAUAUAUUGGAUUAGAAUGUUCUUAGUAUCAUUUAUUUACAUUUUAUAAUUACUAAUUGUUACCCAUCCAUAGUUUUAUACACUUACAGAUAAAAGGAUAUUAUAUAGUAUACAUUUUAGUACAAUUACAAUUAGAUGUAUAAUACAUAUUAUUUUAUACAGUAAUAAUGUAAACAUUAUUUAACAUGUGUUUAGACAAAAAAAACAAAAAAAAUAAUACACUUGCUAUAGUUGUAUAUAAUCCGGUGCACAUUAACAAAUAAUAUUGUAAAUAUUCACUAUUUCUUUAAAGAGAAAAAUAACGUUCUUUAUUAGAAAUCAUUAAAUAGUGUGUACAAUUAGUUGUCUUCGUGUUU